AUGGGCCUCUUGCCCGUAGAGCGCUCUAGCUUUUCUCAAGUUUGUUUUCAAACCGUGGGGCUAGACUUUUUUGGCCCCUUGUUUGUGAAACACAUUUGUUCGGAGACCUCCUGUCCCCAUCAAGUCCAAAGUUCCAAGGUUUAUGGUUGCAUCUUCACCUGUUUUACCUCGAGGGCCAUUCAUCUAGAAUUGGUGGUCAAUCUGACCACAGCAACAUUCUUGCUAGCAUUUCGACGUUUUAUGUCCCGGCGAGGUAUUCCUCAAACCUGCUAUUCUGAUAACGCGAAGACGUUCAAGGGAGCCGACAAGGAGUUGAGGAGAAUCUUCAAGACCAUCAAUUGGGAUCACGCUCAGGAAUCAAUGUCAAGGUUCAAGAUCACAUUCGAGUUCUCAACCGCCAAUGCUCCUUGGACAAAUGGAAUUACAGAGCGAAUGGUGGGACUUACAAAGAAAGUACUUCGGAUUGCUCUUCAUGCGACCACCUUAACCACCCGAGAACUCGAGACUGUCCUCUUUGAAUGCGAGGCAAUAGUCAAUAAUCGACCUCUGGCUUCGGUGACAGAAGGCGACCUCUUACUCCCUGUUACCCCUGCCCAACUAUGUGUCGGGAGAGACCUUCUCCACCUCCCAGAUCCUGGCCGAAUCAAAGGCCAAGAGGAGCCUCAAUUUGUUGCCAAGUGGCGACAAAGAAUGAUGUUGGUCAAUUCGUUUUGGAGGAGGUGGCGCAAUGAUUACCUUAUGUGCCUCGCCCCUACCAAGAAGUGGACCAAGAAAGAUGAGUCCCCUCUUUCAAUUGGAGAUGUAGUUUUACUUCGUGAUGACCACCUUGGAAGAAAUGAGUGGAAGAUGGCUCGAGUCGAAAACCUUCAUCGUGGGAGAGACAACUUGAUUCGCUCAGCAGACUUGAGACUUCCGUCGCGAUCCAUUGUCAGAAGGCACAUCAAUCGAUUGGCUUUGCUUGAGGAAAACAUGAGUUAA